CCCUCCACCGGAUGGUACAGUAACAAAAGUAUCCCGCAGGCGCCUGUUUAUACUAUCCGUCACUAUCUUAUGCGCUUUCGGAAGGAUUCGGCGGUUCCGCGAGUCACCGCAUUCCAUACCUGCUUAAGCUUUGCCUGGGAAAGGACUGGCGAACCAGUUCGCCCGAAGAAAGGUGUGAACUCGGAAGUGCUGUCACUCGUUCCUGAGAAAGUGCUGUGCGGAGGCUUCCCUGUGCGAUUCGACACGACAGGCUGCGCGUCUGUAGAACACAUGUCUGCAGGAUAUGGUGGCGAGCAAGCUUCCUGCUGACAUGCAGUGGC